AUGGCUACUUGCUCUACUAGUAGUAGUAGUUGUAGUAAUUAUUCUAGUAUAUUUCGAGAUGAUCCCAUGAAUUUGUUCUUGUCUAAGAAGGGUUUGUCAGGUAAUCUCAAACUCAGAUGUUCUUUAAGGUUUGAUGCUGCUGACGAUGAUGAUGAUGAUAACAACAACAUUGAUCACCCUUUUCACAAGGGUAUAGGAUUAGGAAUCAGAAAAGGGAAAGGAAAUCCAAAGGCAAUAAUUAGAAACCCAGCAUUGGUGGCUCCUCUUCCUCUUCCAAUUCCACCUCCUCCGCAGCCAUUGCAGUUGCUUAGUGUCUUUGAUUUGGACACUGCCACUGCCACUGCCCCUUUAAGCCAAACUCAAAUUCAAACCCCACAAGAAUCCUCGUCGCGCCGUGGAUCCCCUCUUGGGUUCCCUGACCGUCCUCUGCCUGAUAAGGUGGUUGUUGCUGUUGAUGUUGAUGAGGUUUUGGGGAACUUUGUGUCGGCUCUGAACAGAUUUAUAGCGGAUCGUUACUCUUCAAAUCAUUCUGUUUCCGAGUAUCAUGUCUAUGAGUUCUUCAAGAUAUGGAAUUGUUCGCGUGAUGAAGCUGAUAUUCGUGUCCAUGAGUUCUUCAAAACCUCAUACUUCAAGAUGGGGAUCCAACCUCUUCCAGGUGCUCGGAGGGCACUUCAUAAGUUAUCAAGAUUUUGCAACCUAUCAGUUGUGACGUCUCGGCAGAAUGCAAUCAAGGACCACACAAUUGAUUGGAUUGAGAAGCAUUUUCCAGGACUGUUUCAGGAGAUUCAAUUUGGCAACCACUUUGCUUUGGAUGGAGAGUCUAGGCCUAAGUCAGAAAUAUGCAGGUCCUUAGGAGCUAAGGUUCUGAUUGAUGAUAAUCCAAAAUACGCUAUUGAGUGUGCUGAAGCUGGAAUCAAGGUUCUACUUUUUGAUUAUGAGAACUCAUAUCCUUGGUGCAAGAUAGAGUCUGUCAAUCAACAUCCUCUGGUGACAAAGGUUUAUAAUUGGGAAGAAGUGGAGCAACAGCUAAUCUCUUGGAUUGUGUCCUAGUUUUAUAAUCCUAUCACCGAAAUUCACAAAACAUCUUCCCCUCAUAAAGAUAUGGUACUGAUUGAUGGAUUCUAGAAAAAUAAACUCAGAAACAUUAGUCUUUGGUGGAGGAGCAGAAAGCAGAUGAAACAAACGGUUGGGGGAUCUUAGCUGUUAGAAAAUUUGUAAAGAUAAAGUGAACACAGUUCUAUUUCCCCCCUUCUUGAGCCACAUAGAUAAAAAUUGGAUUUCAUGUAAAAUUUUGGGUUUCAGAUUGUUAGAUGUGAUGGAGACAUUAAUGUCAGUGCAGUUAAAAUCAUUUGCAGGCUGUCUCCAUCAUUUUAGUGUCUGUUUUGGUCAUGUAGCUCAUGGUUAUUGUUGGUUAUUGGAGUUUAGGCACAAGGGUGCGAUUGUUUAAGCUUAUGAGCUGGUCUAAUUUUUAAGCCAGUUUAUGUAUAGCUUACAUAAAGCAUCAUUUUUUUUUUUUAAUAGUAAGUUUGUACUUGUACCGGAUUUAUUUUUUGAACCAAAUAAAUCAAUCUCAGCACUAAAUUAUGCAA